AUGUAUAUCUUCUCCUUUGAUUACGCGUAUGAUUAAGAUAACACACAGGAAGAAGUAUAAUAUAAUACAGCAAGUUAUGCAGUGCUCUCUGCUCUUCAGAAUUUUAACGCCACCAUUAUGGCAUAUCGUCAGACUGGCACAAGACAUAUUUUAAGAAUACUCACAUGUAACCAUAUCUUUUUCAGUUUAGUCUUCAAUGCAGGAGAACAUGAUAUUUUAGAUAUUUGA